ACGGGCGCAUCGAGUAUACGAUCGAUUAAGUUUCCUCCCGUUUAGCGGAAAACAGGCGCGUGCUGUUAUUUCUCUGGUGCCAUGUGCGCGCGGCAGACUCCGCGUAUCUGGGCUCGCUCUACAUGCCUGCCGGUGCGGCACGAGGCGCAGACGAUGCUGGAUGGAGACUGACACCUCGCGGCUUUUCUGUGCUGCUACUCAGGAAUAACGCAUAUGAUUCAGCGACGUGCUACGUCCUUUUAAUAUUAUCCAGCAUGAUUGAUACUUCUUAGUUAUCCGGCGCUUUCCCAGAAACCAGUAUGCAGCAUCUUUAGAAUAUCAGUCGUCCAUGUCAUCCUGUGACUCGGCUUGGAACCUCCCACUGGGUAUACGGACUAUUUAUACCGCGUGCAGCAUCCCGAGCCAUCUGGAGAUACGCGAAUCUGAAAAGAUUUUUCGUUUGGAGUGCCAGCUCUAAUUCUGGCUGCCACUAUGCCUCUGCUGGAAGAAAGCUCUGUGCCAAGGGACUGUACUCGAACUGUGCCAGUAGUCAUCAUUGGUAAUGGUCCUUCCGGUAUAUGCUUGUCGUACCUGCUUAGUGGGUAUACUCCUUAUUUAGAUCCAAUGGCUGUGCACCCAAACCCUAUCCUCUUUCGUAAACUACAGGAAGCCAAGCAGCUUCCCAUCACUGAACAGAAUUUGGAGUUUCUUUGUGAAGGUAUAGAGGGGCGUUCAGGGAACCCUGUGGCGGUGCUAUUCGACACACUCCUUCAUCCAAAUGCAGAUUUGGGCUUUGAGCUCCCCUCUGUACUGCACUGGAGGCUGGAAAAGAAACAUCAUAUUCCUCAUCUGGUCUUGGGCAAAGCUACACCUGGUGGUGCCUGGCACGCAAUGGAAGGUUCAAUGCUGACCAUUAGUCUUGGUAUAUGGAUGGAGUUACCAGGAGUCAACUACAGAGAUUUGACCCCGGGCAAAAGGAGUUCGGUGUCCAAUGAUCGAGCCACUCCAGAUGAGAUCUCUUCCUACUACAAAAAUUAUGUCAAGCUCAUGGGUCUCCAGAAGAACUUUGUGGACAAUACCUAUGUCACCUCUGUUCUAAAACUUCACCGCAGUCAUGAAAAAAGUCUUGGAAAUGAAAAGAACACUAUAAAUGGUCAGCUGAAUGGUGUGAAAAAUGGGUUUGAUUAUUGCAAUAAGAACAGCAUUGAGAACGGUCAGAAUGGACUGGUAAAUGGGUUUAGCAAUGAGUUACGAAAUGAAAUGGAGAAUAGCAGUAGAAGUGGUGAUACUGGGGAGGAGGAUGAAGAUAGUAGAGGCAAUGAAGGAGUGAGAGAGAGUAUUGAGUUUUCCCAAGGACUUUCACAGGGACUCUGGGAGGUCAGAGGCUACCAGCAGCUCCAAGGUGACACUCAUGUCCCUUUUAGCUUAUUUGCAGAGAAUGUUGUCUUAGCAACAGGGGCAUCUGAUUCUCCAGCUCGACUGGGAGUAGAGGGGGAGAAUCUCCCUUAUGUGUUCCACAGCGUACGUGACCUUGGGGUGGCUGUCAGCUGUCACAGCAACCUGGGCUCUUCCUCUGACCCUGUGCUGGUAGUUGGAGCAGGGCUUAGUGCAGCCGAUGCAGUGCUGUGUGCCUUGAACCACAGGGUCACUGUGUUGCAUGCAUUCCGUAAGCGUUCUGAUGACCCAGGUCUCAUCUUCAAACAGUUGCCAAAGACACUUUACCCUGAAUAUCACAGGGUCUACCACAUGAUGUGUUCCCAAGUUUACCCAGCAUCCCCUGUUGCCAAUCCCACACUUCCUAGUUCAUCUUUGUUCCCCGACUACACCAGCUUCCCUGAGCACUGUGUGCUCUCCUUCCAGCCUGACAUGCACUGCGUGAUGAGGGGAUCCAAUGGUGCCCUUAGAGUCUUCAAAGUCUCUAUGGUGCUAGUUCUUAUCGGGACCUAUCCCAACUUAUUUUUCUUGAAGGAGCAAGGGCAGUACCUUGGCUUGGAUCCCAGCAGGCCAAUCUCCUGCAGACAGAAUCCUGUCGACAUAAACCCUUACACCUUUGAGUGCAAUGCUGAGCCUGGGCUCUUUGCCAUGGGACCCCUUGUUGGUGACAACUUUGUACGUUUCUUAAAGGGUGGCGCUCUUGGCAUUACUAGCUGUUUGCGCAAGAGACUGAAACAGAGGAUUGAGAAGAACAGGAAAUUGAUCACCGAGGACGGAGGGUGUGGAGGACGGGGAAGAGAUGGAAGUGGGGGCGGAGGAGGAGGAUUUAUCUAAGGCUCCAAGAGAAAGUUCUUCAUGACGAGUCCAGGAAUACAUCUCAUUUUUAUAUGUAUGUACAAAUUACAAGAGAAAGUACACUUAUAAAAAUGAGCAGAAGCUAGGAGAAACUCUCUUCCCAAUGGUGUCUUAUGUUGACUGUCUUACGAAAGGAGUUUUUGCUGGUCAGGAAUAAUGUGCCAAUAUAUCAAUGUCAUUUGAAGUCUAGAUGGAGUGUGCUUUACCUCUUGUUGUUACAAAUUUCGUCAGUUGCCCUGUUAUUUGUAAUUAGUUACCUGCUCUUACAUCAUAGAUAGCAUAUCUCUGUCAUGAUUGCAGUGCCUGAAGAGGUGUACACACUGACAGCAUUUUGUAGCAACAAAGCAACAAAACAUCAUUAAGAGGUGGUGUCAGAAGGAACAGACUUGCUGUUGAGAAGUGACAAAGAUUAGCUGAGCUAAAAGAUGCAGCAACUAUCAAUGGAAGCAAAGUGAUUUGUCACUUGAGUUGGAUACAGAGGCAGAAUAGGUAUGCCUAUUAAACACCAACAGCUCGGAAACUCUAAACUUCAGUGAUUUAAUAUCUGGCAGUGUGAACACAGCACAAGUCAAGGAGGCUUGCACUAAGUAGUAAAGGAAAGCAAUACCAAAAGAGCAGAUGACUUAGGCAGAAGGCCUAGUUCGUAAAGAUUAUGUUGCAGUCUUCACUAAAUUAACGCACAAUUAAUGUAUAUUAAUACGCACAAACUGUCCAAAACUGAGCUUAUAAUGAGCCAAUGUAUUUCUUUUUCUAAAAAACAAUGAUGCACAAACAUGGCCUUAUCCCAAAUAGUUUAUUACCUUGUCCAUUUGGAUAUAUAUUCUAAUACAGAACACAUAAUAGCACUUUAAACAAACAAACAAAAAAACAUCCCUUUCGUCCAGUAAUUCUAUGGUACUCAAGCCUGCAUAACAGGCUCCUAAAAUAAUCUGAAUUACUGCAAAAAGAAGAAAACUAUGAGGUCACAUAUUAAGACCUGGACUGUGUGCAUUUUUUUCCAUCAGGAAAGAUCAAAAUCAACCUUACUCUUUCCCUACAACCUAAAUCAAGUGCCAAAUGUUAGAAAGACAUUACAUUUUCAGUAACCAUGGUGUUUGUCAGUCAUUCUGGUAGUUUGUAGGUAAAAUAGAUAAAUAAGAAUAUUAUGGAUUACAGAAAAUUUAGAUUAAUCCAAUGUGCAAUGUUUAGAGAUUUGUGAAUUUAGAUUAUUCCAGUGUGCUAUGUUUUAGAGAUUUGCGAUUUCGACUCCUCAGUAAGGUAUUUUGCAGCACUCAAUAGUGGAACAUUUUACUUAAUACCCUGUUGUGCCAAAUAAAUGUUUUAUUGCUUUGAAAUAUUAACUGAAAUAACUUCUGAACUAGCAUUUUUAAGUUUAGACUGCUGGGGGAAUGUUUGUGUGGACUGACAGUCUAGAUAGUUGAUAUCAUCAAAAGACCUGAAGGUACACUUGAAGGAACCAAAACCAUAAGAUGACAAAUCAGAGCUGUAAGAAAAAAAGUCCACUAAUUCAAUGCAGGAUGGUCAAAGCUGCUUCACAAGGUGAUGGAGGUGAAAUACGACUGCUCAAUUUUGUAAAAUGUCAACUUUUAAUAUAUACAUAUACUUUUUGUACAGAGUAUUUUUUAUUAUAGACAAAUAAAACGCUCUUUUAAAAAUGGAAACAUGUUUUUCUUUGUAUCUUGUCACAGAUAAUGGCAGCAUUAUGAACUAUUAUUUCUUUGCCCGUCUAGGGUUGUACCUAAAAGAAAAAGA